CCAUGGCGGCCUUGCGGCUGGUGCAGAAAUAUGGUGUUCCCGUGGCCACAGCUGCCACCAUUCCCAUUCUUGCACCAGUUGUGUUUGCUGACUCGGGAAAAAAGGAGAGUUCGGCACCCACGUCCCGCAUGGUUCGGCCAUCAGAGCUACCGAUUUAUGAAGAACCAGAGGAAGUGCUCGACUUUGAAUAUCUUGGAAAGGAGAGGACAGCCUUGGAGGAGAAUGUUGGUGUUGUGAGGAAGGAAAUUGAGGGUGUGUUAGAAGCAACGCGUUCUGUUAGAGAAAGAACAGUCAACAUCUAUGAAACUGGCAAGGCCCACACCAUGGCGACGGUGGACUACAUAACAGAUGAGGAGAACAUGUUGCCUCGUGCUGGUGCCAUCACUAUUGGAGGCCUGGCCGGCCUGGUUGUUGGGGCGCUAACGUAA